GUAAAUGAUCUUUUUAGAUCUUUUAUGUGUAAAACUGAAGGUGCAAAAAUAGUAGUAUCUUAUAAAAAGACAUAAAUUAAAAGUACAUGCAGUUAGAAGCCACGUGGCACAAAAAAAUACUUCUCCUCUUGAGUAACCUGUGAAUGACGAAAUAAAAAUUAGCACUUUUUCAGCUGAACUCCACGAGAAGCCCAUAGUUCCAACUAUUGGUAAUUAUGACUAACCUACAACUACUCAACUUUUUAAACUUACUCACACAACUUUACACAAGUGUUCUAACUUUCUUAUUUUCUCAAGCUUUAUCUUCAUUGUUAUAGAUCCAAUAUCUUGAAAUCCCAACAUACAUGGAAAAACAACUACAAGAAUCAGAAGAAGAGAAAAAAGAAAAAUGCACAAGAAAAUUAGAUUUCAGUGCUCCUCUCUUGUCAACUAGGCGUUCUAGUGAAAAAUCUUUGUCGUGUUCCAAUAUCCCACCACAACUUUCCAUAGAUAUUUUUAAUAGAGUGCCAUUUUCUUGGGAGCAAAGGCCUGGAAAACCAAAGGAAAUGGGGGUCACAAACAUUGAAAUUGUACCACCUCCGAAAUUGCCACCAUGUAUGUGGCAUACAAGAAAAGAUCAAUUAGCUACAAGUACUACUACUACUACUAAUAAAUCCUACGAUGGCGAUAUCGACAACGAUGAUCAUGACAACUAUGUUGGAAAUAUUGACAACCAAGAUGUUUACUCAGAUGCUCUUGAUGUUUUUUCGUUAGGGGAUGAGUCGAUAGACAUGCUUGAUGGAACAGAAAAUAGAAAAUCAAAUAUGGAGGUUGAUGAUGAGGAGCCUAAUUGCGAUUGGAAUGCUAAUAAGCCAGCAGUACCAAAUUUCAUUAUCCAGAGAUUUCUUAAAGAUGCAAAGGAACUAGCCAUUUCAUCUGCCUUGGAAAACACUAGGAAGAGAAUACUAGAGGAUGAGCAAAAUGAAAGACGACCAUGUAAUUUUUCGUCAAAGGCAGUGUCAUGUGGAUUUGACAUGUUUAUUCCAUGGAGGAUAAAACCCAAGCCAUGUUGUGUGAAGAAUUCUGUAGUGGCAGCUUCUCCAAGAAUGAGACCUCAAUGGACCAACAGAGACAAAUAUGCAUCAGAUGCGGAUUCAAAAUUUUAAUAACACUACAUUUAUGUGCAUCUUGAGGAUUAACUAGAGUCAACAGAAUCAGAAUGGAUGUGUUCUAUUUUAUAUUUAGGCUUUAAAUUUAUUUGAAUGUGUAUAAGUGAUUCGUGAUUCGGUGCCCUUCCUUCGUGAGAUAGAUUAUUGACUUAGUAUAAAUAGUAUAUACUAUUUUGGUACAAUAUUAAAUCAGUUAUAAUAUAGUUUCAUUGCAGUUUA